GGGCAGAGACUGUGAAGAACUGCCCCCGCGAGUGGAGUGAAAGCUUGAAAAUCUACUUGUACAAGGUUCCGACCAAAAAGGUUGUUUGGAAAGAAGUGCGCCAGAGUGUCAGCGAAAGGAUCCUUCGCCAAGAGCGCCAAAUGGAGAAAGCCCGCAAGGGAAAGAAAGCAAAGAAUGCUGGAUCCGAGGAUGACAUGGAUCUCCCCGAAGCGCAGGCAACGGGGCAGGAGAAAGAAAAGAAUGAGCAAAAGGAAGCCAAGGCAGCUGAGGCAGCGGUGCGCAAGACGCAGCAAACCAAUAGCAAGACCAACAUGAUGGCUGCUAAGAGCAUCGGACAGCUGAGCAAUGACUUGCAGUCCCUGACAAAGGCCUACAACAAGGCUUCCAACGUAACGGACAAUAUCAAGUCGACCUGCGAAGAAACGCAGGAAAAGCUCGCAAAAUGGUUAGGUGCCGCAAAGGCGACGCUUCAGCAGGCUGAGGAUGACCGUGCUAAGACCGGAGAAAUCGCAAUUCCGUCACUGCCCUUUGAGCUGAGUGAGGUGCGCACCUUGCACCAAACGUGCCUUGAGGUGGUCAAGAACCUGAAGCCAUACAUGCCUGUCCCCAAAGCGAAAGCCAAAGCUGACGCGAAGCGUCCGGCGGAUGCCGGCGCCGGAGAGGGUGCGCCCGCCAAGCGCAGGCGUGGGAAGACUCCGGUAUCCUGA